CAGGCAGCCAGCCAACUACAGUAUCAAAACAAAUCCCUCAGCUCUACUACCAAGUUGGAGUGAGCCUGGUGGCAAGGGUGUGAGGAGAGAAAAAUCGAUUGACUGAGGUUUGGUUGAAGAAAAUUAUUAGGUCCCUGGUGAAAGGUACGGAUAAACACGACAGGUGGAUGGAUUUCUCAGUGAAGCACCUACUCCUUACUCCAGUGUGAUAUGACAUCACUGAGUGGUUACCACAGAAACCAGGGCUCCACUGCAGACGGUUGCCAGACAGUCAAGUGUUUUUCCACAGGGAUGGCUGCACAAGUGGAGGUGCAGACUGGGGAGGUGGAAAGGAUUGGUGUAGGGGGACGACUGCACCUCAGCCCUCUGUCUGACUCCAGUAACAAGCGCCUCACGGAGGGUCCCUCCAACACCCAGGCCUCCCUCAUCAUCACUCCAGAGCCUAGUAAGCCUGUCCCUGCACCCAAACCACGGCUCACUCCCAGACCUUUCGCUGUGGAGAAAACCCCCACCAUCCGGCCCAUACUUGCGCCUAAGCCUAAUACCAACCCCCGACCAGUGCCCACUCACCCUACUUCUUACAAACCUGACUCACCCAGCACCCCAAAACCUCAGCAGCCGAAUGUCACCAGCAAACACAGGCCAGUGCCGAUCAACCCCAGCUGUCCUGCUCCUAACUCCUACAAACCCUCUCAUAAGUUGAGCAUGGGACAAACCACGAAGCCUGUAGCCCAGCCCUUCAAACCCGCCCCUCUUCUAACCCUUGGGGACCCCAGCAAACCAACUCCCUCCCAACCGGUCCGGCGUCAGAAGCCAGCUGCGGCAGGCUUGUUCCACUCACGAGGCCCUAAGAAACCGCCUUCAGCAGAAUGGUCCGGAUCCACCAAACCGGAGAAGGAAAGGAACAAAACAGCAUCCAGUAUCAGAGCUGGGGCAGCCUCUAUGACCAGAGCCAAGUCUAUGGGCUUCCUCAGUCAGAUAGGGCAAGAUGAGGAGGAAAGGAAGGGGGAUGAAGGGCCCAAGGUCACAGUUCAACUCCGAUCCCAGUCUAGAGCCUCCAGGCCCAGACCUGUGUCGGCCAUCUUCCUGCCCUCUCCCACUCAGGCUGAGUCGCCCACCCCAGCUGCUCGCUGGGCAGUGAGACGUCCCCUCUCAGCCGACCUCACCUCCAAGUUUGAGUCCAUUGGCCUGUCACUGCACCACGGCCGACCUGCCAAGACCGACAGCAAGGAAAACACUCCAGUGGAACCGYUACGGAGGACAGAGAAGGAGAAGGGAGCAGAGGGGACCAAUGUUACACCAYCGGCCCCAGACAGCAAGCCCUCAGCCCUCGUAUUAGGGAGAGAGAAGAAAACAGAGGAAGAAGAGGAGGAGGAUGAUGGAAAGGGUGGAGGCAGCAUUAAGAGACGGAUCAGUCUCUUGCUUGAUUCCUCCUCUUCUUUCUCUCCUGUGGUUCCUCUCCGUGUUGCUGCCCAAAGACCAGGGUCUAACUCUCCAGUACAGCCAAUCCAAGAGGCAGAUGUAACAUUGGGUGGUGUUAAACAGCGAAUCAGGAAGCUUACUGAAGAUACUGUUACACCACCAGCCCAGACCCCUGCUGUUAKACCACAGUUCAAGUCCCGCCCACUGCCCCCUGACCUGACCAAAAGGCUUGGCUCUGAGAGGACCACAGACCUCGGCAGUCCCUCCUCCAGUGAGGCGACAGACCGCCAUGAGAGUGACACUGAUCCUCAAAGGAGGGUGGAGGACUCCGUUUACAGCUUCAGUGACCAAAAAAAGGUGGAUGAGGACAUCAGAGGAAUAMAAGAGCAGCCCACCCAGACCACCUCUGACCUCUCAGCAGUACUGACUGAGGCAGGGCGACGGAUGGAGAGCUGCCCCAGCAGUGGGGCGCAGACAGUGCGAGCAGCCCUGUUUGAGAAYGUGGUGGAGAGACACAGUGUGCUGCUGAUGGAGGAGGACAGGGCACAGAGUGCCACAAAGGGCUGUCCCAAGAGAAGUGUGUCCCUCAAACUUGGGGAUGGGGAGAACGACGGCAGCCUGGUCACCGCCACCUACCACAAGCCUGUGUCUCCCUCCAGCCCACAUCUUGUAGAGCACUUGUUUGACACUGUGCAGGCGGUGGGAGAGAGGAGAGCCGUUAGUGAGAGUGUCCCUUUGGCUCAGCUGGAGGACAAAGCCAUGACCCUCCGUUCCAGGCGUUCUGAGGGGAAUCGGUCAGCCAGGGCUGAGCCAGUGGAGGAGAGACAUGCUCAGGUCCAAGGAGUCCUCAGUUUGGCUCAAAGGAGAGCACCAGCCUCCCAACAGGAACAGGGACCACGCUACCUGAGGGUUGGAGUUCUGCAGAAGUGGAAUACCACUGAGAUGGAUAGGGAGGCAGAGGUAGARAAAGKRAGGCAAAGGGAAAAGGAGAAGGAGAGAAAGGAGAAAGAGAGGCAGAGGGAAGCGGAGAGGAGGAUGCAAAUGGAUGUAGACAAGGAGAAGCCGAGAGAACAGGAGAGGGAGAGAGAGGAAGUGGCAGCACCGAAGCGGUUGAAAAUGCUGGAGCCAGAUGAGCAGCCACCCAAGCCCAGGGCCACCUACUUUGCUCUGACUGGUCAGAUCCAGGAAGCCGUAUCCUAUGGGGACGAGGAAACCGAGAGAGGGGACGUGGAAGUUCCCUUUGACGAUUUCUCUAUGAAGUCUGGACAAUGGGGCUCUCAAGGGAAGGUCUUACAAGUACGAAGGAACCCCUCUCUAGAUGAAGCUUUUGGAAAAAGCUCCCACGGUCAAGAAGAAGAACUGAUGGAGCGGAAUCAAACACAGGAAAGGGAGAGAGGAACGGCAUGGGACAGACGGACAUGGAGGGAGGAGCUGGAAAUAGAAAAACAAAAACAAGUAGACCUUGAGAAAGUAAGAGAAUUGGAGAGGGAGAAAGAACGGCAGAGGGAGAGCAAGGAGUUUGAGAGGGAGAAACAGACAUGGCUGGACAUGGAGAGACAGAAACCGUUAGAAUAUGCAAGAAAGAGAGAGCUAAAGCUAAAAGAAUUAGAAAGAGAGAAACACAACGAGUUGGAGAACGAGAGACUGAGCGAGAGACAAAGAGAGCUGGAAAGACAGCGAUGGCAAGAGCUGCAGAGGGAGAGACAGAUAGAGUUGGAGAGACAGAGAGAGUUUGAAAAGGAGAGGCAGAGACAGUUAGACUUAGAGAGGCAGAAAGAGAGACAGAAAGAGUUUGAAAAGGAGAGCAGAGACAGUUAG